CAAAUGAGAGGAGCAGGAUCAAACAAACGUGUGUGGGUGUGCAGCUGUGUAAACUCUGCAUUCACUGACUCUGAUUAUUCUUGGUCCAGGGACCAGACGGGAAUCUGUUUUUAAGUCACCUUUUUUAUGUGCAGGCUGCAUUAAGUACGCAGUGCAGGAGCCUUUAAACUCUAAUAACCUCAGCUCACCGGCUGCUGAGCUGAAACUCAAAUAUUCAGAAGCUGCUUCAAAUUUUUCAUGCUGAAUUGAGAUUCCUCUUGAUCAUAUCUACACACCAGGAUCAUAUCUUUCUGGCUGUGCCACUUUCUGGAUGUGAUAUGAUUUGAUUGCGGGGGAUGAGUGCUGAGCAGGUUUCUAUACCGGCCUCCUUACGUCGAGUCCUGUGGCUCCCUGCAGAUUAUGAUGUCACGGUGGAGUGGGAAUAGCAUCAGCUCUUCAUCUGAAACCAGGGAUCACCGGCCGGGAUUAAGUGCAUGUAGGUGGUGGUCCGUUGACGCUCAAUGCUCAGGAGCAGUGGAGCCGAGCUCAUGUAUGCCGUGCAGGAUUUCUCUCCCAGAGGAUGUCGCAGGAAAUGAAAAAGUGGAUUUUUGAAGCUGUCUGAGGACAGAGGACGGAAAAAAGAUGAUGAGAGAAGACUGAGGAUUGUUCUUUCUGCGACUGAUUCUGCUGCCUAAAACAACCACUCAGCAAGAUGCAGGUGAAGUGGACCAUGCUUGGGAUGGUCGUCUUCUUCCUGCUCUCUGUCAUCAUGACCUGUGGCUUCAUAUGGCAGUACAGGAUACCCAAGCAGAAAACAGUUCUGCUGGAGAGGAAACAGAUAGUAGAGGAGAUGUGUCCACGCUUCCCUGAGCCCGUGCCCCUCCAACAUCCCAUCACAUCACUGAGAGUCGCUUUAGAAAAGGUCGACCUCCUCCUGAGGACGACUGUGUUCAAGACCAAGCUGCCGGCCAUCUCCGCCAUCGUGGUGUUGAACAAUUCUAUUCUGUGGAACGGAAACUUUGGAAAGAAGAACAUCAGUGAUCCAACAUCUGCUGCUCCCAACGAGUACACGGUAUACAGAAUCGCCAGCCUCUCCAAGAUCUUCCCCACUCUGAUGUUGUACAAGCUGUGGGAGGACGGGCUGGUGGGCUCUCUGGAUGACCCUCUGGAGAAGUAUGUGGACAACUUCAGCAUCAAGAACCCGCUGGGCAAAGGCGGGAAGCAGGCGUCCUCGUCGGUCAGGACUUCCGGGACCAAGUCUCCUGCUCUCACCCUGCGCAGGAUGGUCAGCCAGCUCUCUGGGUUACCCAGAAGAUUAAGGUCAACUAAUCUCCUCUGGAGUGGCGACACCGAACAAGCCCUUAAUUUGUUGCAGGAUGAUGUCCUUGUGGCGGAUCCGGGAACCAAAUGUCACUACAGCAAUGUUGCUUUCUCCUUACUGGCCGACAUCUUGGCCCAGAAGGUUGCCGGCUCCAACUUUGAGACCUGGCUGUCAGAGAACAUCCUGAAACAACUCAACAUGGAGGACACCGGCUUUAACAUAACUCCAGCCGUCCAGAAAAAGAUGGCCGUAGGUGUUUACAGCAAUGGUCAGCCGGCUCCGCUCUACAACCUGGGCUGGUAUCGCCCUGCAGGUCAGAUGUACUCCACAGCAGCGGACAUGGCCAAACUCAUGAUGGCUCUGCUGGGCGCUUACAGUGGGAGGCCUCUUCGUCAGGACACUCUGAACACCAUGAUGACGCCGCUCUACAAAUGCCACAGCAGCUACUUCGCCAACUCGACGGGCACGCCGUGGGAGAUCAACGAGCUGUUCGGCUACGAUGUGGUGAGGAAAGACGGGGACCUGGACGGCUAUGCUGCGACCCUUUCCCUGGUGCCAAAGCUCAAGCUGGGAAUGGUGAUCCUAAUGUCUGGGGUUCGGCCUGCAGACAGGGACCUCCUGAAUCAGGCGUAUGGCUUUCUCAUCCCUGCGAUGGAGAACGCCUUCAGAGAGGCUAAACCGACUCUCCGGCCGCCACCUAACCCAUACCCAUACGUGGGCUUCUACACUUACAGGAACAUGACGUUCUAUCAGAUUAAGGUGGAUUCGGACGGUGUGCUGAUCAUGCAGCAGUUUGGACCACAGGUGGACACCACCGUGCCAUCCAAGUACCGGACUAUCCGGCUGGAUUUCCUGCAGGAGAGGGUGUUCAGGGUGGUGUUUGAGAAGCCAUACCCAUGCAAGCUGAAGGUGCACAGCUCCUCGGUCUCCCUGGAGGCGCAGGACCGACAGCUCUUUAACUUUUACCUCUUCAACAGGAGAGGAAUAUCCCCGGGCUUCGAUUCCCCGGGACUCAAUACUUAUAAGGUGACAAGGAUAGGAGGCAGACCGUACUUUGCUUCAUAAAGACAAACCCUCACUGGGACUGGGAUGUGCUGCUUUGCUCAGGACUUAUUUAUUAUGAUCAUGCUCUCCUCUGGUCUUAGCUCCAAUCUUCUUUUUAGUCUUGUCAAAACCUUCAAAGACAUUUCCUCUGCAGAAUAACUAGCUCAAACAAAGCACCACUGAUAAAAAUGUUUACUGUACGAAUGUUUGCUCAGGCCUGAUUGGUUCGUGGACGUCUGGCAGUAAUUCUCUACAGCCUUUAAGUGCCUACAGUGUGACCUAGAGGACUCUGAAAGAGGACAAACACAAGAGUCGACGCGUCAAGAGAUCGGCUUUUUCAGAUUCAUAUUCCAUCUUGGGGGCAGGUUAACAUGUUCACAUGAAACAGAAGAGCAAUGGUGCGAGAAGAUAUGCUGAAUAAAGCCUGUGAUUUUGAAAAGUG